AUGUACCCAAAGUCUCUCCUUUCAACCCUUCUCCUCCUCCCGGCCGCCACCUGGGCCUGGGACUCUCCCAACUACUCCGGCCUCACCCGCCUCUGGCAAGACAACUUCCCGGGGGCCUCGGGCGACCCCAUUAACGGCGGCAACUGGAACAUCAUCACCAACCUCAACGUCAACAACGAGAUCCAGCAAUACACAACCGCCCGCUCCAACCUCCAAAUCUCGGGCGGCGGCACCGUGCAAAUCGUGCCCCAAAAGGACAGCAACGGCGCCUGGACCUCGGGCCGCAUCGAGUCCCGCUACGUCUUCACCCCGGCCGCCGGCCGCCUCACCGUCGCCGAAGCCCAGAUUCGCUUCGGCGACAACGCCAUUGCCAACAAAAAGGGCAUCUGGCCCGCCUUUUGGAUCCUCGGCGACGCCAUCCGCAACGGCGUCAGCUGGCCCCGCUGCGGCGAGCUCGACAUCCUCGAGACCGUCAACGGCCAGCUGACGGGCUACGGCACCGUCCACUGCGACAUCCUCCCCGGCGGCGCCUGCAACGAGCCCAACGGCAUCGGCGGCAAUAUUGGCAUCCCCGACCAGGGGUGGCACACGUGGCGUCUGCAGAUUGAUCGCCGGUCCGGGAACUGGCAGACGGAGACGAUUACCUGGUUCCGGGACGGGCUGCAGUUUCAUCAGAUUAGCGGCGCCAGGAUCGGGAGUGAGGGCCUCUGGAACACGUUGGCGCGCGCGCCCUUGUUCUUCAUUUUGAAUGUUGCUGUCGGCGGUAACUGGCCCGGAAACCCCGACGGCUCGACCAUCGGUGGCUGGGGAAGCAUGAUGGAGGCCGCCUACGUUGCCGUCUACCAAUCCACCUGA